CCCUCUGUUCUGUUCCCGGUCCUCUGGAACAUUUUGUUUAUGAAGCUCAGCUCCUUGUUCCAGCUGCUCCUCUUCAUCACGGCUCUUCCUCUCCCUCACAGCAGCUGGAACUGUGUGUUUAUGAAGAUCAGCGGCUCUUCCUCUUUAGGCUCUUGUUCACGGCUGAAACACACCAGACUGUCGGCAGGCUGGCGCUGAACCUCUGCGAACAACGAGCAGGCAGGCGUCAGGACGUCCAACUAUUAGUUUAGAUUUAAAGUAAUGAAAGAUAAACACGUCCUCCCUUCAUGCUUACUUUCAACAAAAAAGAAGCUAUGGAUAUUUGCGACGGGAAGAAGAGGAGAAAGGUAAGCGGCGUUGUGCGGGGCUGCAGGCGGAGUGUGGCCGCCAAGAUGAAGAGGGAGGCCGGCAUGGUCCUUCGCUCCCUCACGGUGGAGAACAACAACCACACGGAGCCAAUGGUGGAGGAAGAGGACGACGACUGCUUCUCAAUCGGCUUCCUGCGGAGCGAGCGGCCGCAUCCCGGCACGGUGGUGUCUCCCCGGUACAAUCUCCUGCGGGAGGUCGGCCGGGGCAGCUACGGGGUGGUUUAUGAGGCUUUAUCCCGGAAAACAGGGGCCCGGGUGGCGGUGAAGAGGCUCCACUGCGACGCCCCAGAAAACGUGGAGCUGGCUCUGGCCGAGUUCUGGGCCCUGACCAGCCUGGAGAACCGGCACCAGAAUGUGGUCCAGCUGGACGAGUGCGUCCUGCAGAAGAACGGCCUGGCCCAAAAGAUGAGCCACGGAAACAAGAGGUCCAGACAGUACCUGCGCCUGGUGGAGACGUCCCUCAAAGGGGAACGCAUCCUGGGUUACCCAGAGGAGCCGUGCUAUCUCUGGUUCGUCAUGGAGUUUUGUGAGGGUGGAGACCUCAACCAGUACAUCUUGUCCCGUCGGCCCGACCCCCACACCAACAGGAGCUUUAUGCGGCAGUUGACGAGUGCAGUAGCUUUCUUACACAAGAACAACAUUGUCCAUCGUGAUCUGAAACCAGAUAACAUUCUCAUCUCACAGAAAUCUGGUUCCCCUGUUCUCAAAGUCGCAGACUUUGGCCUCAGUAAAGUUUGUGCUGGCCUAAACUCCAAGAACAGUGAAGAACACCCUUCAUCAGCCACAGCAGCAAGUGGCAGAGGCAGUAACCAGAAUAACAUCAUCAACAUUAACAAGUUCUGGUUGUCAUCAGCUUGUGGCUCAGACUUCUACAUGGCCCCGGAGGUGUGGGAGGGCCACUACACUGCCAAGGCUGAUAUCUUCGCCCUGGGCAUCAUCAUCUGGGCCAUGGUUGAGCGGAUCACUUUCAUUGAUGCAGAGUCCAAGCGUGAACUGUUAGGCACCUACAUACGGCAGGGCACAGAGAUUGUACCUGUUGGGGAGGCCCUGUUGGAGAAUCCCAAGAUGGUUCUCCAUAUCCCUCAGAGGGCCAGGAGCUCCAUGUCUGAAGGCGUGAAAAAACUCCUUCAAGACAUGCUCGCAGUCAACCCUCAGGACAGACCAGACGCCUUCCAGCUGGAGGUGCGGAUGGACCAAGUCACAUGUGCUGCAUGACAGCCCCCACCUUUCCGAACCUCUCCUUUUUUACCCUAACCAGUCAACGAAGGAACCUCUCCUUCCCAGCUUUGUUUACCACACGGACAUGGACUCUGAUGGAAAAAGGGACUGACACACUGAACUGUGAACAAUCCACGAUCAUAAUUUGACUUGGAAGUGAUGGACGAGCUGAUGAUUCCGAAACUCUGGGACAGGUACAUGACGUAAAUCAGACCACAGCCGUGUACUCCAUCACCAGCCAUUCCCAGUCACUGUCACCAUGACGCUGAGGAUGUUUCACUGGAGGAUAAUGUAUCCAAGAGCGGAUUUAGAUGUGAUAGCCAUGUGUUGUUUUAUAUUUGUUUAUUUGUCCCCCACAGUCUCAGUAUAGGCCUGCUCUUCCCUAACAUUUGUAAUGUAUUGAGCUGUGGCACAGGUUACCUUAUUGGAUUGUAUGAGUGUUCUGAAAUCAAAGCAUGGGCUUGCCCACAUGUUACUAGAUAUGAUGGUAUCGACAGCAGACGACACAACACUGCCCCGUACAUCCUCGUGCCUUAAACAUGAUUCACACCAAGUGCGAUUUGGAAUUUUAAAUAUAAUAAUUUAAUGAGUUUAAGUGGAGGUGCACAUACCUAGACAAACUCUAUGAGUCAGGAAUUCCUUUCGUCAUAUGCAGGUUUCUGUCAAUCAACCAAUUGACUCUUUUGCUUUCAAUGAUGUCAUACUAUUCAACAAUAUUCUGGGCAGCAAUAAUGUGAAGUUGGACUGUGAUAAUCUGGUGUCUUUGCUCUACCCUAAAGCUCGAGUGCAGCCAUAAUGCUGAAGCUGAGUUCAGCUUUAACUCAAAUGAAGAUAUCGUUGUUUCAGUGUCACAUGUUUGCUCAUGUAAAGAAGGUUACAAGGAUUUCACAAAUCUGUGCCACACUCUGGAGGCAAAUUAACUGUGAAUAUUAAUAUGGUUAUUGUGUUGUUUUGAAGGGGUACUAGAGAAUUCACACAUUAGAAGUAGCAGGCCUGUAUCAACUCCAAUCAGUACUGUGCAGUUGUUAGUCAGACAAUGUCCAGCAGAGAAUCCGACUGGUUUUCUGGGGCAUUUGUUUCUGUUGAAUCCAAAGAACAUCCAAUUGUGUUUAUCAUCACUGCAAAACUUAGUAUGAACAUGUUUUCAAAAUUAAUUUAUGACCAAGAAACAAUUGGGAUAAUUUGGUGGACUAACAUCUAUUACGGUCAUUUUGUACUGAAUGUUUUUUUUUUCUUCUUUUUUUACAUUGAGGUUAACGUGGCAUUUGAUGACUCCUCACAAACAGAAAUAACACUGUAAACUUGGAGAUAUCAAGUUAAUGGGUUACUUGCAAUUGUGUGUCAUUAAGAGAUAUGGAGUGAUGUUCUAUAUGCUACCUUUUGAGUUUUAAGCUUUCUGAUUGUUGUGAUAUGAUUAACGGGUCAUUCUAUGGGAACACCUGAGCAGUAUUGAGCCAUCUUUGGUCAAAUUUUUCUUGAGUAUCUGAGUUGAGGACUCUCACAGGAAAUUUGCCAUCUGGAAAUAAUCUCAAAAUAUCCAUGGGAUACCCAUGCUUACUGUCCCUUCCCUCCUCCCCUCUUUAUUGAAUUAUUUCAGACUCUUUGCAGUGACAUGCAGCUCUGUAGAACACAUCCAGGCAGUGGUUGGUUGGAGCUUACUAUUUUUGCAUUGUGUUGAAUAUCAGUUUUGCUCUGAUCAUCCAACUACAUGUACAUCCUGUGGUUUAACACAAAUAUUGAGCCACACGUCUCAACAAAGUUCAAAUGCACAGAAUAAUUCAUAUAGAAAAAAGCAUACAGUGGUGAUCCUGGAAAAGGAUCAUAAAAGGGUUUGCAUGUUCGAGACCUAGAAUACUUCUAUCUUCCUCUCUCCAGCACAGAUGAGACAAAUGGUCCGAACCUCCUCUCGGCUUCAUAGCACUGUGUAGCACCUGGGUCGAGUUCAGUGACUCAGCAGUAGUUGUAGUAGACUUUGAGGCGUUUUGUAGUGUGGUCCUACCUCAUCCUCAGCACUCUGAAACUUCCUGUCUAUAUGACUCAUUAAUAACCUCGUCUUACUUUCUGAAACCAGGGGCACUUUGAUGGGACAGAACUUCUUCAAUCCUGAAUCAGCCUCUGACUGACUACUCUAUGGUGUAUGCUUAGCUACAAGGAACAUCUUGCUUUCCCCUUGAUAAAGGCUUCAUCUGCAGCACAGAAGUAGUCCUUCCUCAUGACCAGACCACAAUCAUUCUGUUUGUGUUCAAUAGCUACAGCUCCCAUAAGGUUAUAUUAGCAUCUAUGCCUCAGAGCAUUUUAAACAAAUUAGUAUAGCCGUGUUCAGACAUGACCUGCGUGUAAAAUCUGGAGAAGUGGUGUAGUGGUGCAGUCGGGUGCAGCAGACAGACACAGGAAGUGAUGUAUUAACUCGGAUGCAGAGCUCACGUGAUCAUGUUUACAGCAUCCCGACACCGUCGUUGUCUCUGCUCUUGACAUCUUCGCCAGUGUCUUCUAUGUCUAUGACACAGCUUUUUCACCCGAAAAUAUUAGUUUUCUCUUGUUUUUUUCCCGUUUUUGUGUCUGUCGUGUUUUGGAAGCUUAAGCAACCCCCCCACUCGCUCGCAGUUAACCCAGCGAAUAUAUCCCCUGCUGUGUUCACACAUCGACUAUUCCUGAAGUUCUACGGACUUUAUACUAGGAGGCCAGUCGGAGCCUCUCACUCGGAUAUUUGCGUUCACACAUGCACCUCCUCCGGAUAAAAUACAGAGGAUCUGCUGAGAUCAGUGCAUGACUGAAAGCAGCUUAUGAUACUCUGACCAUGUCUGAGGUGUUGCUAGCUGUUCCCCUUGAGAAGCAGGGCAAGAAAACCUGCCACCAUAGUUUCCUUGUGGCUUCUUCCCACUGCCUACCUAGUCUCAAAAGUAGAAAUUUAGCAGAAUGUGCUUCUUUUCAAUGUAAAUCUGAUUUAAAAUGCUGGCACAUGUGCUUAAAGUGUAGCACAGCUCAAAGAGCAAUUGGGAUUUAAGCUGGAGCUGUAGCUUUUGUAUGCUAACACAAUUGUUGCCAACACAUAAAGUUGUUCAACAUUUGGUAUGAGACUUUGGGUUUUCACUUUGUGCAGAAGGACUGCUGUUGCACGGACCAGCCCAGCAGUGUAAAAACAUACAUGUUUGAAGCGUUAAAGCUAACAUGGUUAUAUAACUGUAUAUGGCAUUGCUAUGUUGAUAGUGCAUAAGCUAACUGAGGAUCUUUACAACCUAAUCAUCAGUACUAACCCUUGUUGUCCUCUGUGUUUUUGUAUGUGCUGUUCAUUUAACUCCUAACUAGUAAUACUCCACUUGAAAACACUUCACACUAUGCAAAUCUUUCACUGCCUCACUGUAAGCACUGUAAAGAGCCAUGCCCCUCCGCAACAGCCGUGUAAUAUCUUGAGCUGUUUUUUCUCAGUGUAUAUUUCCAGUGUGUACAGAAAUGUUUCAUUCAAAUGUUGUGAACAACAUGAACUGCUUUUUGUUAAUGAAGCUGACAGCAGCCAUAAGAUGUUUGGGGAAGCAUAAUACAAUCAUUAUUUUUGACUUGUAAAUAUGUUCAACAAGUUUUUCUUGGAAUAAAUGAUCAAAACUAAAA